UGUUUUGCCAUUGGACGUACCAGACAUUUUAGAUUUUACUAAAUUUUUAUCUGGAAAACAUUUUACGAAGUAAUGCCUGGACCGCGACCUCAAUCAUACGCAAAAUAUCAGGAGGUCAUUCUGCGCUGAUAAUCAUUCAGGAAACUUUUGAUAGUACGGACUUCCGGAUCUAUUGAGGACUUGGAAAACCCUGCUUCUUAUUUGUCAAACUGAUUUCUUAGAGAACAGCAAUUCCUUUCCUUUUUUUUUAUUAAAUGAGUUACGCCAAGAGACUGAGGUUGUCCACGGGCACGCAGACCAGGAUCUUCACCAGACAAAGUAAUGUUACUAGGACACAUACUUUGGACACACUGCCACCAGAAGUCCUGGAGAUGAUCCUGCGUCUACUGCCACUUCAUGAUGUGGCCUCCUCGGUUCGCCUAGUCUCCAGGCAAUGUUCAAUAGUGGCUACUUCGGUAUUGAAUGGCGUGUUUUACGGUGCCGGCGUGCGUUUAGAAGCUAUUAUGAGUCAUAUAGAAUCUACUAUGCCGAAGGUCGCAACGGAAACGGAUUUAUUAGCCUGCAGUAAGGCCUUUAAUGCCCUGGAAUUGAUCAGGGCGCAAUACAGAAUGCUCCGGGCAGUUACUUGGAGAUAUAUACAUCCACCCACUAGAGAAAAGUUUCCAAAGCUUUGUUUCUAUGCUGGUAUUUUGCUCGAUGAUCUGAACAAUCUUCUUCGUUUGGCGAGGGUGAAACCGUCUGCUCUAACUGGAUCUCAUGGACCGGAUUCCUGUGUCGUUUGUUUCAUUUCCCUCUGCAAGAGAUUCAUGAACUACUUCGAGAAGGUUUCCGAAAGAAAAGUAAACAGGUCUGCCCUCAUAUCUGGAUGCAAGGCCGUGGACGUUCUAGAUUGUCUAGCGGAGGGUCGAGAGGUCGUUGCAUUUCGAACUUCUACAGGAAGAGGAAACAGAGGUGGCAUUAUUAAUAUGAGAUUGAAAUAUGUUAUGAGAAGAGCUUGGUUCACCUGUUUAGAGGUGCCUAGUGCGCCUGAUGAAAAUUCAUGGCGUGAUGAACAGAGAUUUAUGUAUCUCAGACUCCGUCGUCUUGUCGGCAGUGUUAACGAACAUCUUUUUGAAAAGACACAUUACGAAAGAGAACUUUUACUCCAGACACCGACUAUACCAUCUCCAAGACCACCUCCAGCCUCGACUUAUUCCGGCUAUGGAGAAUAUGGCGGUCAAUUUUUUUAUUAUGGUAAUAUGAACAAGUACGCCUAUGAGAGCAAGUUUAAGUUCACGUCCGUGGAUGAACCGGAAGAGGAUCGCGAAACGGAAACCAUUCACGGAGCUCCUUGCUUUGAUUUGGUAUUUUUCGUGGUCCUACGUUGCUCCCCGGAAUUAGCACCCUUGGCCAUCAGAUCAUCUCUUAAAUCCGAUGAUCUUGAGUCUCCUACGACCAAUCAUCAGCAGGAACUUUACCUCAAGGUUGAUGUUACCUGUCCCGCCUCGGUAGCUAAUAGACUACCUGGACAUUUUAGCUGGGAACUUCGGAGUCCUCGACGCGGUCACCGUUCGUUCUGAGAAAAUGUUUUAUCCGCGUGCGACGCGGACGCUUUAGCUCGUUGUUAAUUAUACAUUCUUGUACGAUCUAUAUUGAUUUUAGCAUUGUCGACGUUGUAUGCGUAUGCCAUAUGGUUAUUCAAAGACGGGGAAGUAAAGUACCUCGUGAAUGAUUUCAGA